AAUGGAUAGUAUUGAGAGAACGAGGGAUGGAGAGUGUGUUAACCUAAAGAGCAAAAUUUGACAUAUUAUCUAUUUAUUAAUUAUCGGAACAACCAGUUACAUGCAAAUUUGACAAAUCGUAGCAAUGGAUAGGAGAGAAAUCCGUCAAUACUUUAACGAUAUCAUUAAAAAUGAGAAGGACGUGUCCGCUGGGAUGGCUGCAAUUCGUACUUUAUUAAAAGUACUGGAACACUCGAAAUCAGAAACAGUUCAGGAACUCCGGGGUUGCUUGCAAGAUGCAAUCGAUGCUAUGAGAUCCACAGAAACUCCCGUCACCGCAAUUGCCUCCGGCAGUGAAUUGUUCCUCCGUUUCAUCACACUAGCGACAUUGGAUACUCCUUCAUUUGCAGAGUGCAAAGGAAUCAUGUUAGACAGAGGCAAGAUAUUCUAUGAGAAACUAGUUGCAGCGCGAGGGAAAGUAGCUAAAGUAGCGGAACAUUUUAUUACAGAUGGUUCGACUAUACUUACACACUCCAAAUCGAGAGUUGUGCUGCAAGCAAUGAAGGAAGCAGCCGCAAACAAUAAAAUAUUCGAGGUAUACGUGACAUCAUCUUCGCCUGACAAUAUCGGUGAAGAGAUGUGCAGGAACUUAACGAAACUAGGAAUAUCGUGUACGAUGAUCUUGGACUCUGCAGUGGGAUAUGUGAUGGAACAAGUGGAUAUGGUGAUGGUAGGAGCUGAGGGUGUCGCAGAAAGUGGCGGUGUGAUCAACAAAAUAGGCACGUAUACAAUGGCCAUAUGUGCGAAAGAGAUGAAGAAACCAUUUUACGUAUUGACAGAGAGUUUCAAAUUCGCAAGGAUCUAUCCCUUGAACCAGGUAGACCUGCCUAACGAAUUUAAGUAUACAUCCAGUACUCUAAGUAAUGAUCUGAAGAAGGAGCAUCCAUUAGUGGACUAUACUCCGCCUCACUACAUCAGUUUGUUGUUCACCGACUUAGGAAUUCUGACGCCGUCAGCUGUUAGUGACGAACUCAUAAAAUUGUAUUUAUAAUUCGGAAUUUUUUUCACACAAAUACACUAAUAUAUGUGAAAUUUCUAAAUUUUAUUUGUAAAUUUCUAAAUUUCACGAUAUAACAUAGUAAUACAUAGAGAUAUGUUACUUGUUGAUAAAGUGUUUCUUAUUCUCUUUCUAAAUAAAUGCUAAAAU